CUACCGAUAUUCCUGAUCCAACGUCUCCUUAUAUUCCCAAAAGCUUUGUAAUUGCUCUAAGAGAUUAUAUAUCGGGUGUACAACAUUCUUCAAUCCCUCACCAUCAGGAACGUAUGCGUGAUUUUAAAAACACAAUUACUUUCGGUUCAUUGAAUAAUGAGAAUUGUCCAAAACAAGUUUCUUUAUUUGAAUGUACUCAAAAUUCCCUUCGGAGCUCUCAAUUAACCAUUUAUUCGGAUAUGGAUUUUGUUUCGGGAAUGAUUCAAGAUUUUGAUUUACUUAUCGGUCCUGCUAUCAAUAAUUAUCAAAUGUCUCGAACAACUUGGGCUGCUUUUUACGUUGAAAAGUACAUGCCAAUUCCUAAAGAUUACAAACCUGUCACUCCCGUUGUUCUUUCGGAUGAAGAUUAUACUUAUGAUAAGAUUUAUUCUCAUUUUCGUGGUGUUUUGGAUUGUCGAUUUAUUAGUAUUGAACAUUCACGUGCUGUCAAAGGAUUUAUUGUUGAUGCCGAUUGUGAUUAUUAA